UUAUGCUGAUUGCUGAAUUAAUUAAAUAUCCAUCAAGCGUGACCAGAAGGGACAUGAAAAGCUACCAUGUCAGUAUAGUUAUGAUGACUGUAACUCUAGCAUACAGCGCCCCUAUUGAAUACGAGUAUGUCUCCAUCGAAGUCACUCCAAGUAAACCGAUCGAGAGACAAAAUGGCGACGCCAAUUCGGGAAUCUGCUGUCAAUCUGGCUCUCAGAGUUGUUGCCCAUACGACUACGAUGACACGUGUGAGACUGCAAGCAACAGAAACUUGUGUGGUUACAAUAAAAACCAGAAAAAAUUAGAUGAAAUGGUAAGCGUAACUAUAUACGGUCUUCCUUGUCGAGUUAACGAUGAUCGUCUCGAGUGCGGAUAUAACGGGCCUUAUAUAACUGAUCAGAGACCAAGUUUUGUCAAUAAUAAUCCUCCAAAUAACCCAGACUGCUGCAGUUGUUGCAACCAAGAAACUACUAAACAAGUAGCUAGCGAAACAACAACAACAAUACCAACAACAACAGAAUACCACCACUAG